AUGUCUCAACUGGCGUCCAGUAUGCUUCGAAGGUGUCUUCACACGACAACGAGGCUCUUGCAAAAGCAAAAGGGGGAUAAUACUAGUAAGAAUACGGGGGAUAUUACCAAACACUUAAAUCUCCUCAAAUCAUAUUACAAACCAGAGUUGUUACAAAGUAUUCAAAUUGCUGAGUCUGUUGUACCAGCAAAAGACUAUCUCGAUCUCAAGUUACAUGGCAGGGACGGUCUUUCCAGUGUUCCUCCCACAAACCUCAAUUUUGAUUACUCGCGGGAUGAUCCCGAAUGGACAGAACCAAUACUAUAUCCAAAUCAAGGUUUAGGUCGUGUUCCAUAUCCACCAAUUCCGCAAGUGGCAUCCCCAGAUCGUGAUGAUAUGAAGAUUAGGUUUGCAGAAGCAAGACACGGUCCCAAUGAUAUUGCCAAGAAUGUUUCUGUGGUGAAAAACAAUCCUGAGAUUGCUCGUGGAUUGGCACAAUUGACAGGGUUAGAUGAACAAUAUAUCAAGAAUCUCUACGUUCGUGCCUUGGUGAUGAAGCGUGUUGCCCAAAAGACAUCUAAGGGUAAUGUUCCCAGUUUCUGGGUCAUGUCAGUUGCAGGAGAUAUGAAUGGUAUGAUUGGACUUGGAAUAGGAAAAUCGAGAGAUGGUAUUAGAACUGCGGCCUCAAAAGCACAUUGGCAAGCUGUGAAGAAUAUGCAAAAAAUCAACAGAUAUGAUAAUAGAACUAUUUUGCAAUCUUUUGAAACUAAAUACCACGGUGUGAAAUUGAACUUCAAGCCUGCUCCUAUCGGGUUCGGUUUGAGAUGUAAUCAUAUUGCAUUUGAAAUCUGCCAAGCAGCAGGUAUAAAGGAUAUCAGAGGUAAGAUUUUUGAAUCAAGAAAUCCAUUUAUGGUGGCAAAGGGAUUCGUUGAAGCCUUGACCAAGCAAAAGACUAUCCAAGAGUUGUCAUUGAAUAGAGGUAAGAAGAUUGUAGAAUUGAGAAAAGUCUAUUACCAAGAAUAA